CAAAUUUCAAGUUCGCGGAAUACGGAUAUGCACCCUUUCUUUCCUUUCCUUCAUAUUUCUUUUUUCUGUAUUUGAUAUCAUGGGUGCUUCCAAUAGUAAAGAAAGAGUAACCCGUAAAAAAAGUAACAAUAAAUUAUCAAAAAUUCAGCCUUCCUUUUUAAAUACCAAUUCGUCUGUCACGGCUACUUCCGCUACAAUUCCUUCAUUCAACAAUAAGCUGCAUGUCAAGUCCAUUGCUAUACGUGUUUGGGUCGCACAAUGUAAACUAUACAGCUUUUUAAGUACUACUGCUUUAAAGAAAGAUAUGGAAGCAGAAGGAUUCCAAGAACUCUUUGAACUACGGAAUCAUAAAGAGGCAUGGUAUCCUUUGGGUUGUUAUUAUUACGAUCAAAAGGACUUUACUCGAGCAUACAAUUAUUUUCACAAACUCCAGAACAGCCAUUCUUUUGCCCAAUACCGUUUAGCCUUGAUGAUAUUUCAUGGUCAGGCACCAGUCUCCGAUUACAGUAAAGCAUUGAAAUAUAUGACAUCGGCAGCUAAACACAACAACCCUUAUGCACAAUAUAUUCUUGGUUUUUAUUAUCAACACGGCGUACUUGUCAAACAUUCAACUGAAACAGCCAAAAUGUGGUACAAGCGAUCGGCAGAGCAAGGAUUUGCGGAGGCUCAAACGGCCAUUGCUAAUUUAUUAAUUAAUGAGUAUCAUAUUUCAUCAUCAUCAUUCAAGGGCCAAGAAGCACUAAACUGGCUAUACAAAGCCAAACUACAGGAAAAUGCAAGUGCAUUAAUUAGUCUUGGUGCCUUGCAUGAAAAUGGCAUUUUAGUCUCUAAAAACCAUACGAAAUCCAUAGCCUAUUACAGACGAGCCAUAAAAGCACCAUUUACACCAUCCCAUGUCGUGCCGCUUGCACAUUACCUGUUAGGCACGCAUUACCUUCAAGGCACCUGUGGUCUAGAGCAAGAUCAUAAACUUGCCCUGCACCAUUUGACACUUGCAGCCAACUUGGGUCACGCUCCUGCUUUGCGCUCACUUGGACACAUGUACACAAGAGGCAUGGGCGUCAAAAAAGACCUGUCUAAAUCUCAUGCAUUUUUUGAACAAGCCGUUUUCCAGGGCAAUGUUCAAUCCAUCAUUGAAGUGGACCAUCUCCCACGGCAUGAAACACAUUACCGAAUCCUGUCGCACUAUGAAAAGGCAGCCGAGUCAGGAUCCUUGUCUGCUCAACUUUGCCUUGCUACCAUCCUACAACAAUCAGGUCAACAUGAAGCUGCCUUUAUUUGGUUUGAAAAAGCAGCUCGAAAUAUGGACGGAAAGACAUACUCUAUUCUCGGUGUGAACACACCCUUUGUUUCUCAACGCUUGGCAGCUCGGUUAAUGGUAGCACGGUACCGUUACAGUGGAUGGGAUGGUGUAGUUACACAGGACCUAUUGUGUGCCUUUGAAGAGUUUCAGAUCUUGUCAGACGCUGGCUACACCGAUGCGCAUUAUUGGCUAGGUGCUUGCUACGAAGAAGGUGCAGUGACCAAGCAAGAUUUAAAAAAGGCAUUUGCACUCUACAUGAAAUCUGCACAAGCCGGGUUCAUGGAUGGUCAAUUCCAGGUGGCUUACAUGCUGACAAAUGGCAUAGGUGUCACAAAAGAUGUCAAGGCAGCACUGCCCUGGUUUACAAAAGCAGCCGAACAAGGUCAUUCAACUGCCCAGUACAGUCUGGGUUUGUACUAUGAACAUGGACUUGAGAUCGUACCUCGGGAUUUGACAAUAGCAGAAAAAUGGUACACAGAAGCUGCCCAGUCAUCCACUGCUGCCAUGGUGCGUUUGGCCAAUGUCUUGAUACAAUCAAAUCAAGUACAAGAUGCUGUGAUAUGGCUUUCAAGAGCAGCUGAAAAAGGAGACGUACUUGCAUUGCGUGAAUUAGCAACAUUGUAUAGAGACAGCUUGCUUUUUAGCACUGAUGAUGAUAGCCAGAUAGUAUUGGAACAAUAUAAAUCAGCAUUCAAGUAUUAUCAACUAGCAGCCGAAAAAGAAGACCCACUUUCUCUCCAAGCCUUGUCAAAAUUUUACGAAGGCAUAUACAAUAUGGGAGACCAACAUAUGGUUGUGCUUGUUGAUUUAGACAUGGCCAUUUCAUGUCUGAGAAAAUCAAUAGCGCUAGAGAACACAGCUGCUGCUUUAGAUUUGGCAGAUUUGUACCAGCGACACAACCAAACAAAUCAAGCAGUAGAAAUUUAUGCUGAUCUUACAAACAAGUUUGCACCUGACUCAGUCAUUGGACAAAUAGCACGCAAAGAGUCCAUUAAACUCAUAGUGUUUAAAAACGAUGUUGAUGAAAACGAACAAAUAAAAGCCUAUUCUUGGCUUAAAGAAUUGAUUAAUGCGUCUAAAAACGAUACAGAAGCUCUAGAACUACUUGGUUAUUGUGCAGAACAGGGUAUAGGGACAAUAGUUGAUAAAGAAGAAGCAAUUCAAUUCUAUAGUGACUGUCUACAUAGUGUCAACCAUGCAGCUACCCCUCCAUAUUCCUGCUUAUACCGUUUAGUCACUUUACAUAUGGAAUCAAAUGAUUUUGAAUCAGCAUAUAAAUACAUGGAAACAUUCAACUCAUUUCUUACUGAAGAAGAUUAUGAUGACAUGAAUCAAAUACGUCGUUUAAAGUAUUAUUGGGGCUAUCUUAUACUUCGUGGCUUUAGUACUAAAAAAGCAGAAGAAGGUCUUGAGUCAUUAUCGACUGCUUCUGAUGAAGGAGAAGGAGAAGCUUCCUAUGAACUUGGCUGCUUUUUACUUUCACAAGAUUAUAUCUCAACAGAAAGUGAUCAAGAAAUACAAAGGCACUUUAGACAAGGUGUUGAAGUAGGCCAUGCUGGUUGUAUGCGAGAACUAGCUCUCCUUUUACUCUCUCAUGAAUUUGAUAAGGCUUUUAUGGAUAAAGAUUAUGAUGGGGGUACAGAAAUCCUAGACUUGUUGACCACUGCUGCUUCUUUAAAUGAUUUAGAUGCCAUUUAUCAUUUGGGCACACUGUAUGAGUCUGGGUUGGGUAGUGUUGUUCCUCAAUCCAAGUUAGAGAAAGCGCUUACCUACUACUUGCAAGCAGGCACAAGGCAUCACGAAUCGGCCAUGAUGAAGGCAGGUGAAUUACUCGGUGGCGCAUUAGGAUGUCAUAAAGAAGCCAUUCAUUGGUUCAAGAAAGCAAGUGAGCAUAAUUUAAUGGCUCAAAUCAUGUUAAUCUCUUAUGAACUUCAAGGAUUUGAUUGUGGUUUAUCAAAAAACAAUGACAACCAUGAUGCUCACCUGUUUACUCUACUCCAAAGCAUUAUUGAUCAGGAGGAAGCUAAAACAGAAAAUGAAAAAGAAGACUUUAGAACAAAGAGACGCAGCGAACUAUGCUCAAGAAAAAAUGGAUUGGGUCAUGCCCACUUUAUCCUUGGACAAUGCUUUGAAUUUGGGCGAGGCACACGCUCUAAUUUGGCCGUGGCCAUAGACACUUAUCAAAAAUCAAUCGCUGUCUGCCAACAUGUUGAUGCUAUGUGGCGAUUAGGGAUGAUUUAUAGUCAUAACAUACAUGAUGACAUCAAGGCACUCGAGUGGUUUAGAAGAGCAACAGAAGUCGGACGACACCGAGAUUCACGCUACCAACUGGGUCUUUUUCAUAUGUACGGGCACGGUGGACUUGAUAUCAAUAUUACAGUAGCCAAAAAAUAUUUUGCCAAAGCAGCAGAACAAGGUCACCCAUCAGCUACAUAUCAAUUGGCUCGUAUCUUAUGGAGUGUUGAAUCAGACUAUAUUCAUGCAUAUGAACUGUUCGAAAAAGCAGCGCAACAUAAAGUAGCUGGGGCUCUUUGCCAAUUGGGUCAUUUUGCCUAUGCGGGAUUCUAUUUUCAUUCAAUCUGUAUCGUGGAACAAGACCAUCAGAAGGCAUACACGUAUUAUUGUGAGGCGGCACAAUUAGGAGAUCCAAUGGCAGCAUUGAUGGUUGGGAGUUAUUUUGAAGAUCAAGAGGAUUUGAACAGAGCAUUACAGUGGUAUGAAGCUGCUUACCGCUUAGGUGGAGGAGGACUUGCUGAGCUGGCUAUUGGAAAGAUCAAACACCUGAUGUCUGAACUGGACUCUGAACUGCAAGAAGAGGCCAUUGUUUGGUUUGAAAGUGCACAAAAGGACAACUUACUUGAGCAUCAAUCGAUCUUUUCUCCGCAAGUGAUGGUGGCUUUAUAUUAUCUCAAUGGUUGGGGAAAUAAAACGAGAGAUCCAGAAAAGGGAUUUCAAAUGUUACUGGAAAUAGCUCAAAUGGGUGGAACAGAAGCAUUUCUGCCUUUAGCAACUUGCUACCAAGAAGGUGUUGGCACUACUUGUGAUCCAAACAAAGCAUCAAAUUAUUGGGAGAUGGCCGCCGAAGUCGUCUCCGAUUAAAAUCAGUUACGCACAAAUAAAAUGAGGCGCAUUUGAUUCAACUUUGCCAAGCAUAAAAAAGCCUUUUGCU